GGACAAUGAUACACUAACGCAACAUUAAGUUCGUCGGAAGUGAGUGUAAAACUUACAAGUAACCCAACAACUCCUUUAGGUCUCAUGAAUCGCGAUGGCUGUCAUCCUGUUCCUUAUAGAUACCAGCGGAUCCAUGAAUCAACGGACUUAUUUGGGACCGACGUAUCUUGACUACGGAAAGAUUGCCGUGGAAAGCUUCUUAAAGAUACGCGGUAAAGAUCACGUCAACUGGAAGGAUAGGUACAUGCUGGUCACCUGUGAAGACUUCCCAGCGGCAAUCAAGGUUGGAUGGCGUGACGUAACACGUGACCCCACGCCCACUACUCACUUCCGGGAGGAACUUAACCAGCUGGUAGCAACCAGUAUGACUAACCUGGGAGGAGCUAUCAAGUGUUCUUUGGACCUUUUAAACAUUCACAGGGUACAGAACGGGCUGGAUAACUACGGGCAGGGCCGGAACCCGUUCCUGUUCGAACCUGCUGUUGUGGUGAUAAUAUCAGACGGGUGUAGGCUCACUAACACUCAAACUGUCACCGAUACGUUAACUCUACCAAUGCACCCCUCAUUCCCUGGGAGCGAACUCACUAAAGACCCCUUCCGUUGGGACCAGAGAAUAUUCUCGAUCGUCCUCCGUUUCAAGGGCAACUCUGACAAUGACUUCGUGGAAAGUGUCCCGUUUGAUACCCAGAUUAACGCCAUGUGUGAGGUCACUGGAGGUCGAUCGUACGCAGUUCCUAAUCACAAGAGUCUUCUCCAAGCACUAGAAUCAAUCAACCAGAAAGUCUUGAGCGGGGUUGUAAUCCAGCUCGAGCACCUCCCUAGUGAAGCAGAACGAAACCUAGCUAACGAGGCCUGGCGCUCCACCCGUCGCAUGAUCCUCGUCAACAAAACCAACCCGGGCCAGCUGGCUCACUGGCCUAUUCCCGAGAGUUUCUGGCCGACCCGCGAGACCCGCCCUCUCCGCACAGCCAUCCCCUUGCUCUACUUCAGUUCAGAGAGUAAGAGAGUCAACGUGUUGGAUAAUCUGCCGUUUGAUAAAUACGAGCUGGAGCCCUCUCCGCUUACGCAGUUUAUACUGGAGAUGAGACAGCCUACUGUGUGUUGGCAGACCUUUGUUAAGAGCUCUGGGAGGGAUAAGGGUAUAAAAUCACCGUUUGGCUACCUGAAAGCCAGCGUGAAAGGAACCUGUGUAAACCUAUUUGUAAUGCCGUACAACUACCCUGUAUUGUUUCCUCUACUAGAGGAGCUUAUAAAGGAGUUUAGGAUGCAGCCUAGUAACCAGUGGAUUACCGAUUUUAAGAGCUAUGUCAGCUCAAUGCCCAUCUACUAUUACAUGCCUCUGAGAGUUGCUCUGCGGAGGUUAGGAGUACCAGCUUCUCUUCUCUCUCUCAUUCCCGACACACCCGAUGGCAUGUACUUCAACAACAUGCUCAAAUCUCUCAAAGUUCAGGCUAAAACCGAGGCUACCAGGUACAUGGACCAGAUAAAAGCAAAGGAAAGCGCAGAACAAAAGAUUGAUGUCCCGAGAAAACAUGUAUCAGUAGCAGAUGUCAGGAAGAGUCUUAAUUUGGAGAAAAAGAUUGAGAAGGAGCCGGAGGUGAUAAAGAACCCGUACCACACACCAAACAACCAGAUGAUAGAGCAGUUAACCCUGCUGAGAAGGGAGAUGGGGCUUGUUAGGUCCUGCAGCAGCACCGAGAAUUUAGCUGAAGACAGAGCGAGGUUUAACGUAGCCAGCUCCAAAAUGGGUCAGUAUCAGGAGGCGUUCUCUAAAGCACUCCGGACGGUGGAUAUUCACCAGCGAGGAAACCACAUGUUCGGCAAUCCGUUCAAACUGGGCACUUCCAAGAAGCAGAUGAACAUGAUGUUAGACGGAGUCGAUGAAGUAAGAAUGGAGCAAAAACCCGCCAACCGGCGCAAACAACUGCCUCUCAAACCCUUCGCCGCCCCAUCGCCGCCAGAGAUAGUCACGCCGCCUACUCCCUCACUGUCGGCAGUAACUCCGCCGCCAACGCCCCCUGCGCCAACUCCGCCGAUCGUGCCGCCUGCUCCGCCUAAUUGGACGGGUCCACCAGAGAGCGCUGCGAGAGUACCUCCGAGAGCGGAGCCCCCUAAACCCCCCAAACCUGUGUCACCAAAACUAAGCAGCAGCGCCAUUACACCGUGGGUAUUCACCCCAACUAGUCCGGACAUUGCCGCUUCUAUAGGAAGCGGUAACGACGAAAACCCAGCUGUAGAACCAGUACAAAAGAAACCGAAACAGAAUCACAUAGUGAAAGAGAAUGUAGUUUCGAUAAACCCCUCACUGAAGGAGAGCUUCUUGAAGUUCUCAGUCAGCGAGAGUUUCAUAGAUAAGAACAGGAUAAAAGAUAACUUCAGCGGUGAAACUAACGGUGUUUCCAGAGAUCAUGGUCGAAACGAUAAAGAAACGGAAACGCAUCAUAAGAUAAAGAAACCGAAACUAUCCUCGGGUAAUUCGGAGAUAAAGAGGGAUAACAAACGGCUCAAAGAUCUCAUCCAGAAAGAACUACGCAAACCUGGAAAGAACUACGAGCAGUUGUUUCAAUACAUGAACCAAGUAAAAGGAACCGCCGACACUAAACGUAACUUUGCGGACGAGAUAAUCACAGACGCGGAGAAAUUCAGAAAGAAGCUGCUCAUAGAGCGUCUGAAAUCCUGGCAGAAAGAGUUGACAAAUAGGUAGCACGUGCGAGAUAAUGAGCCGCGCGGUCAGGUGCACGUGCCGUGGAUUUGACCAUGUGACGUUCAGCGUGUUUAGCCGUUAAUUCAGAUAACGUAACCUCUCGUGAUGGAGAUGAGUGGAAAUGGAAAGACUGAGCAUGUUUAGUUGUGGAAACGAGGGACUAGUUAGACGCCCAGGUGUUUUGGAGGGUUGUUGCAACGGCUUAUUUACAUGAGAAAAAGUUAAAAUACUUAAAUUAAGUAUUUAAUUAAAUUUCGCUCAGAUUGAAAUAUCUUGGAUUGUUUAUUUAAGUCGAUGUACCCCCUCCGACCCGAGGACACGGUAUCGAAUGUAUAUGUCAAACUUAAACCACAUUUUAUAAAUACUGAUAAGAUGAACUGAUGGAUUUGUGAGGGUUCCGUUUUUACUGAUGCGUUGAGAGCAAAUUAAGAAGGUUUUUCUUAAACAUUUCUUAAAAAGGUUUAUUAAGUUAUUACUUUUUAAAUUGCGAUAAAAUCUUUCAGACGUGCCUAAUAGAAAGAUUUCAGUAAUCCAAUAUCUAAUUCUUAUUACGAAUAGAUCAAUGGUAUUUAAACAGAGCCCCGGUAUUAUACCCAAUUUUGUAAAUACCCACUACUAGUGAAACGAUCUGACCGACAACUAACGUGGAAUAAACUUUCAAAUUUAUUGAAACUGUUUCUACACGCCUGUUCAUAACUAAUUAACCAAUUUUGAUCAUACUGUACAGUUAGAAGAUUGAAUUCUUUAACAUGCGAAGUUGGACAGAAGGUGUUGGGUUUAACGGUGACAUUUUAAACACAGAAAAAGUGAUCUUUAAUUGUGAAUCGAAUGAAAAAUUAUAAUUACAGAUAAAAUAACAAGAUAAACAAAAGUCACUCCUAUUUUGAAGUGUGCUAUUGGCAAUGUGUUAUCUAUAUGAUGCUUGACACAGGUAGGCGAUACACACUAGUAUUGAAAUAGUAUAUAAGAUUUCUUCGAGGCCAUGUGAUUUCUCUAUAGAAACGAGAAGGUUAAAGUUUUAAAAAAUUUGGAUUAAUAGUAAAAUAACGAAUGUGUAUCGCUCUCUCGUGAUGACAUCAUUUAAAGCCUAUCAGUUAAUCUCAGAUUAUACAAUGCUAGUCCUCUAGUCACAUUAGCUGCCCAAUACCGCCAAAAGCCCAUCAAGGUCUAUUACGGGUUUUAGAAGGGGUAUUCCCGUAUGUUGUUGGUAAGUCACAGCGGUUUGCGACUGCUUCUACUAAAAUACCCACCAGCAAAAUAUUACGUAGAUGAUUUACUUUUCAG